AGCAUCAACAAUCUUUUGGCCUUCACUGGAAAGUGGGCCGUUCUGAGCUAAAACGGGAGAAAGUUGGAAAUGAUCUAGUGACAGUUUACUAGGGGAUUUGUUAUUGUGCAUGUAUUAAUGCACGGUUGGUGUGACAGUAGAUCUGAACUAGAUGAAUCUUGGAACAGAGUUGAUUGCCAAUUCGGCGGUCACGGUCAGGCCAAGGGGUUCUCCACUUUGCUCCAAGGAUGCCCUUACGGACGACUUCGGUUGGACAGUACAAGCUGUCCUUGCAUGUUUAGCUUUUACAUGCCUUGUCUUAAAGAGGUUUUGUGAGCCUGCCCGGCGUAGGCGCUCCUGGCUUGUUUGGUUCUAUGAUACCUCAAAGCAAGGUCUUGGUUCACUUGUUAUUCACAUGGCAAAUAUAUAUCUUGCAACAUUAUUCCAAGGAGAUCCAUGUACAUGGUACAUUGUCAGUUUCUUGCUCGACUCUUCAGUAGGUCUGCUAGUCAUUUAUGCAUGCAUUAGACUCACAGUGAAAUUGGCUGACAAGUGGAAGUGGCAAUACCUCUAUUUUGGAGAAUAUGGAAACCCUGCAAGUGCUAAAGCCUGGGCGGCACAGUCUGGAGUUUACAUGGGGAUAAUGGUGGUAGAAAAAGUACUCAUAACAAUCCUAGUCCAAUUGGAGUUUUGGGACAAAGUUCGUGAUCUGAUUCUCUCCCCAAUAACAGAUCCAAAGGUGGCUAUUACGGUGGUGUUGCUCGUGAUACCUUUCUUCGUUAACGUUCUGAUGUUUUGGGUAACUGAUAAUUUCCUAAUGAAAAAGCCAAAGCGUGGUCGGAAGCGAGCUGUUCGAUACCAAAGAGUGGUCAACAACAACAGCAAUCUGGAUAGUUUACCGGAGGACUCUGACGCCCUUUUAUCCGGCGAUGAAGAUUUGCUGGAUUCGACAGAAGAGCCGGCCACGACACCACUGGCCUUUAAGAAUGUCGACGAGUUACUCAAUGUCAACCGGAGAAACAAUUCGGUAGUCUGAACAUGUAAAUCCCUGCAUUCCUCUUCGGCAUUUUGUUUUUAACAUUACGACGACUUUUAAUUUUGUGUACAUAAAGGAGCAAUAAUAUACUGACAACUAGCGGCCAA